CGCGCGGCCCCGGCCGCGGGCUCGGCUGUCCCGGCUGCGGCUGUCCCGGGGCCGCCCGCGGUGCGGGAGCGGGGACAGCCCCGGGGCCCUUCCCUGAGGCGCCCCGGCAGCUCCCUCGGCGCCGCCCCGCCGUGACCUGCCCGGCGGAGGGGCGGCGGCGGGUCCCCAGCGCGCCUGUGCCCGUCGGCCCCCGGUGCCUCUGCCCGCGGGCCCCGUCGGGCUUUGAACAGCCAAAAGUUAAAAUGUGUGGUGAUGAUGUCCCAGACCACUGGCAUAUUGGGGAGAAAUGCCUGGCCCCUUGUUCUGAAAAUGGAAAACUUCAUGAAGGAACAAUAACUUCUCUUGAAAAGGACAAGAAUGGAAAAUCAUUUGCUGUUGUAUCAUUCUUGGAAUCUGAAGAAAGGAAAAUACUAAUAACAAAACUUUGUAAAGUCAAAGACAGUAGAGGACCCUGGAAAAGCUUAAUAUUUGAUGAGGGUGAUCUGGAAAAGCCAUAUUUUCCUGACCAAAAUCUUCCAUCUCCUGCAGUUGCUUUUAAAUUAUCUGACAAUGGUGAUUCUAUCCCGUAUACAAUUAACAGAUACCUGCGUGAUUAUCAAAGGGAAGGAGCCCAGUUUCUGUAUAAACAUUAUGCUAAUAAAAGAGGGUGUAUUCUUGGAGAUGAUAUGGGCCUUGGAAAGACAAUACAGGUCAUUUCAUUUUUGGCUGCAGUGCUGCACAAAAAGGGAACACAUGAGGAUAUUGAAAAUAAUAUGCCGGAAUUUUUACUGAGGACAAUGAAAAAGGGCUCAGAUUGUAACCCCAAGAAGACUUUUCUCAUAGUGGCCCCUCUUUCAGUGCUGUACAAUUGGAAGGAUGAGUUAGACACAUGGGGAUACUUUAAGGUCUCUGUCUUACAUGGCAGUAAAAAGGAUGAUGACAUGAGUCGCAUCAAGCAAGGGAAAUGUGAAGUUGCUCUUACAACUUAUGAGAUACUCCGCCUGUAUUUGGAUGAAUUUAACAGUAUAGAGUGGUCUGCUGUGAUAGUGGAUGAAGCACAUAGAAUCAAGAAUCCAAAGGCUCAAAUAACUCAAACCAUGAAGUCAUUAAAAUGCAGUGUUCGCAUAGGUCUUACUGGAACCAUUCUUCAAAACAAUAUGAAGGAACUUUGGUGUGUUAUGGACUGGGCUGUACCAGGACUUUUAGGUAGCAGAGUACAUUUCAAGAAGAAAUUUUCUGAUCCAGUGGAGCAUGGCCAGAGGCACACUGCAACUAAAAGAGAGCUAGCAACAGGUCGUAAGGCCAUGAUGAAGCUAGCAAGAAAAAUGUCUGGCUGGUUUCUGAGACGUACCAAAGCGCUUAUCAGUGAUCAGUUGCCAAAAAAGGAAGAUCGAAUGGUGUUUUGUUCCCUAACUGAAUUCCAGAAAGCGGUGUACCAGGCUGUGCUAGAGACGGAUGAUGUAACCUUGGUGUUAAGAGCAGGAGAGCCCUGUAGCUGCAACAGUGGCCGGAAAAGGAAGAACUGUUGUUACAAAGUAAAUGCACAUGGUGAAACGAUUAAGUCAUUGCGCUUCAGUUAUCUAAUGAUCCUGCAGAAGGUUGCAAAUCAUGCUGCACUGCUGCAGACAGACAACACUAGCAAGCUGCAGGAAGCACAUAUCAAACGAGUUUGCAGCCAGGUAUUUUCCAGUUUUCCAGAUUUUGUGCAGUUAAGCAAAGAUGCAGCCUUUGAAACAAUUUCAGAUCCAAAAUAUAGUGGAAAAAUGAAGGUCCUUCAGCAGCUUUUAAAUCACUUCAAAAAAAAUAAGGAUAAAGUUCUUCUUUUCUCCUUUUCCACAAAGUUGCUCGAUGUGCUGGAACAGUACUGCAUGGCAUCUGGGCUAGAUUACCGAAGACUUGAUGGAAAUACAAAAUCAGAAGAUAGGAUCAGAAUUGUAAGAGAGUUCAACAGCAUUCAGGAAAUUAACAUAUGUCUUGUAUCUACAAUGGCUGGUGGACUGGGUCUUAAUUUUGUUGGUGCCAAUGUUGUUAUACUGUUUGAUCCUACAUGGAAUCCAGCGAAUGAUCUUCAAGCAAUUGACAGAGCUUAUAGAAUUGGCCAACACAGAGCUGUUAAGGUGUUUAGAUUGAUAUCCUUGGGAACUGUGGAAGAGAUUAUGUACUUGCGACAAGUUUAUAAACAGCAACUUCACUGUGCAGUGAUUGGAACUGAAAAUGCGAGGCGGUAUUUCGAGGCAGUACAAGGAUCAAAGGAACAUCAAGGAGAGCUUUUUGGGAUUCAUAACCUUUUCAAACUUAGGAGUCAUGGGUCCUGUCUUACCAAAGACAUAUUGGAGGUGUGA